UUGUAUUGUGAUGUUGUAUUUGUUAUCUGUAUCAAUUUUUACUUUUACUUUGUAGGUUAAGUUUAAUCAUAAUGUAGUGUUCUUAAACAUUUUAUUAUUGAAUUUAUCAUAACGAAUCUAUAGCUUAUUAAGGAAAGGUCUAUGGUUUUUGUAAAACAAGGCGUGACAUUGUCAGAAACAUGAAAUUCUGAAGAUAUUUUUAUGAGGCAAAGGAAAACUUUAAACAACUAUAAAUGGAACCGUUAAAGAAAUUUGUAGCAAGAGGUCACUUUUAUUUCAGUAAAGUCACUGGAAUUUUUUGGAAAAUAUUAAACCUAUCGGAAUGACUCAGUAGGUACAUUUAGAAAUAUAGAAGAAGCUCUUCUGCUAGAACAUGGACCCGAAACAAAAUAACAAAUCCAAAAUAAUAAUUUUGGGUCUUCUGGUACAUAUUUUGCUGCUGCUUGCGGUAUUCGAUGUGUAUUUCUCCAGUCCCCUCGAUCACGGUAUGACUCCAUUGAAAUCUACGGAUAGUCCACCAGCCAAGAGAUUAGUUCUCUUCGUAGCUGAUGGACUACGUGCCGAAGCAGUGUAUCAGAAAGAAGAGGAUAUUCGAAUACCAUUUCUAUCCCAAAUAAAAAAAACGGGAUCGUGGGGAGUAGCUCACACCAGAGUACCUACGGAAUCCAGACCGGGUCACGUAGCAAUUCUCGCAGGAAUAUACGAAGAUCCUAGUGCAAUUUUAAAAGGUUGGAAGGUAAACCCGGUGUACUUUAAUUCGGUUAUCAGUGAAAGCUCUAAUGCUUGGUGUUGGGGCAGUCCUGAUAUAAUCAAUCUAUUUAAUAGAGACCAUUCUCAAACGGUACAUUUAUAUGCGUAUAGUUCAGAAAUAGAAGACUUUGGUAAAAAUAAUACCGGACUUUUAGAUACUUGGGUCUAUAAUAAAGUUGAACAUUUUUUAAAAGAAAAAGUAGAAAUGUGUAGUGAUCUAAACUGUGAUAAAUAUUAUGGUGGAGGAAACUUAUUUUUCUUGCACCUUCUUGGAAUUGAUACAGCCGGACAUGGAUAUAAACCUCAUUCCAAAGAAUACGUGAGUAAUAUAAGAUUGGUAGAUGAAAUUGCGAGAAAUAUUACUGAACUGUUCAAAACUACGUUCAAAGACGAUUCUACUGCUUUUGUUUUCACUGCUGAUCAUGGUAUGACGGAUUGGGGUUCACAUGGGUCGGGAUCAGGACAUGAGACUGAGGUGCCUAUCAUAGCAUGGGGUGCUGGCAUUAACAAAAGUGGAAGAAGGCAAGAUAUAAAUCAAAUUGACGUAGCUCCACUACUGUCUUCUUUAAUCGGUAUUAAUAUACCAAUCAACUCGUUAGGAAUAUUACCAAGUAAUUAUUUAGAUAUGCAAGAAUCAGAUUUAUCGAAAGUUUUGUUGUCUAAUACGUUACAGUUGUUAAAUACAUUUAAUGUUAAAAGGCUCAGGACAGAAAGUAAUGCAAUUCUUUAUAUACCUUUUGAAGGACUUACAACUCAUUCUAUCGAUACAAAAUUGGUCGAUUUUGGUAAAUUAAAGAAUAAUCAACAGUACAAAAAACUAAUGAAGGAAUGCAUGAACUUUAUGCACUUGUUAAUUCAGGGUAUCAAUUAUUAUCAUAACUAUUAUCAGUAUCCUAUUCUUAUUUCUGUUAGUCUUGGUUUUCUGGAAUGGAUAGUAUUUCUUUCAGUUUCAGUAAUGUUCUCUAAUAAUCCAAGUACUUCCCCAAAGGCAUCCAGCCCCUCGUUAUUUGCUGUAUCUAUUUUGAUCGUAAUACUGUUGUGUUUCAAACAAAAAUUCCCUAUAACUUACUAUCUUUAUUUUGUUUUCCCCGUUAUAAUGUUUUUUAUGAUAGAGAAUUUAAAUAUUCGACAUGUAGGAGGCUUACCUAAUGUCUCUCUAAAGCAAGUCAUUACAAAUGUUAUAUUUUAUUUAAUCGGAAUUGAAUUACUAGCAUAUGGAUUUUUCGAUAGGUUAGCUUUCACUAUUUUAUUGUUAUUAGUUGGAAUAUGGACAUUCCUAUCAGACAGUUUAAAUCGAAGUACAAGUAAUAAAGAAAAGUGCGUAUGGACUGCUUGUAGUUUCAUUUUGGCAGUUUUUCCUUCAUUGCCUGUUAUGAAAACAGAAUUUAACGUACCUGUUUAUGUAUGUGGCACUCUUGGCUGGAUUUUGUUAUUUAGGGAAAUGUAUCUAAAUAAAAUAAAAAUUUAUUACUCCGGGGAAAUUGGUACAACCCAAUAUAAACCAUUUUAUAUACAAUUUUUUUGCUUAAUUUUGGCAGCUAUUUAUGUCCUUUUAUUAGAAAAUAAGGUAAUUUCAAAUGAUUCAAACAUCAAAUAUAUUUCAUGGUUAAUUCUGGUAAUACCAAUACUUAUGGUACCUUUAACCAGUACCUUCAUUGCAGUCAGAUUAAUUGCUACAUUCUUCGCAUUCGCUCCGUUUUAUCUACUUGUGUCUCCAAAUUACGAGGUACUGUUUUCAGUUUUCUAUGUGGCGUUAUUAUGCACUUGGUUGCUAAUAGAGUCGAAAUCAUUCCAAUUUGGAAAUGUUUCCAAUAUUGUCUAUUACGUAAAAUUCGAGAAUUAUAAAAGUAAAAAUAAAAUUAGCCCCGACAUUUUCAGAAGAGCCUUUUUGUUUAUGGUAUUCAUAUUUUUAGGUUUUUUUGGGACUGGAAAUAUCGCAAGUUUAAAUUCCUUCGAUCCCAUGUGGGUUCGAGCAUUUUUGACUGUAUUCAGCCCCUUCAAGAUGACAGGGUUAAUUCUUUUAAAACUUAUGGUGCCAUUUAUAUUUACCUGUUGCAUUUUCAGAGCUAUAAAUUCCGUAGGUAAAGAAAAUGUGCUAAAUACGUUUUGCAUUAUUUUAAUUUUCUCAGAUCUCAUGGUGCUUCAGUUUCUGUAUUUGAUAACAAAUGAAGGAUCCUGGUUAGAAAUAGGAACGAGUUUGUCACAUUUCAUUAUAAUGGAAGCGUUUGUCACCAUAUUGCUCCUUCUCUAUGGAUUAGCCCAUGUAUUAACAACAGUAACUUAUUAAUUUUUUUGGAAGUACAUGUGAUGUAUAUUUUUCCUUUUUUGAUGACUGUUAGUAUUUAGUAUUUUAUUGUGAUAAUAAGAUAAGAGAAACAUUUCUUAAAUAUAUAUCUCUAUCAUAAUUACUAUUGUAGCAAAUGUUUACUAGAUACUUUUAUGAUACAAAGUGUUGU